CGCUGCUACCGUAUCGCGCGACUUGACCACCACCACCUUGGAGUAGCCAACACUAUCUACUAACCACCCGUAUAUCUCUCUGCCAACAUGUCGACCCGACCUCUUAACGAUGAUGAAGUCCUCACUGAAUUGAACAAAAUGGUCGCUUUCAUCAAGCAGGAGGCACUAGAGAAAGCAAGAGAAAUAAAGAUAAAGGCAGAUGAGGAAUUUGCCAUUGAGAAGGCAAAACUGGUCAAGCAGGAACAGCAAGCUAUCGACGCGCAGUACGAGAAGAAGAGAAAGGGCGCAGAGGUCGCCCAGAAGAUUGCCCAAUCUACGUUAACUAACAAAUCCCGGCUCAAGCUGCUCCAUCAACGCGAACAGCACCUCCAGGAACUCUUUUCUACUUCGCGUUCAACAGUGCUGACUCUCGCCGGGGAUAAGGGGCGCUACGUCCAGUUCCUGGAAGGCUUCAUCUCCCAGGGGUUCUUGCAGCUUUUCGAGCCUUCUGUCACCUUGUACGCUAGAAAGCAAGAUGUAUCUUUGGUGGAAGAGGCGGCUGCGAAUGCUGCGUUGACAUACAAAGAGAUCAGCGGGCGGAAGGUGAAGUACGAUGUCGAGGGAUCUUUGGGUGGAGAUGGCGCCGGUGGAAUCAAACUUGUCAGUGGUUCGCGUCGUAUUACCAUCGACAAUACUUUGGAUGAGCGUCUGAGGCUCCUCGAAGACCGGAUGCUUCCUGAGAUCAGGAACGAUCUCUUUGGACCUAACGAGAAUCGUAAAUUUUACACAUAAUCGACAUACGCUAUCCAGAUAAUUGUAUUCAUAUACCAUUCUUGUUACCACCUCGGAUCCUUGGCUACAGUCUCAGUUUCUUAGAUCUCUUCUCGUGAAUCCGUAUGGUCAACGUUACUUCGUCUUUAAACAUCGAAUAAAAAACAACAUGAAGGAAG